CCGUUGCCAAGGCUCCCGCAGAAGCCAGUGACUCCACCACGCCUGCCCCGAACGUUCUGUCGCUUUUUGUCUCGGCAAGUGUACGAUGGACAAAAGAAAAUACCAAGGAUGGAACACUACAAUUGUAAAUAAAGGUUUAAAAAUGCCAUAGCCUUCACUGAGUUUUUUUUGGAUCAGAUGCAGUGUCUGGUCACUUGUCGUCAUGGAGGAUGAAGAGGUGCUGGGCCAGAUCUCUUCAAGGCUCCAAGAAGAUGGUUUGCCUCCGGAGGCCAGUCCAGACCAGCGUCUGCUCCACCUCUGGAAGCAGCUUCUCACCACAGAAGCCAAGCUUUCAUCAUCCACGCAGGAGCUUCACAGCGUACAAGCACAGCAGGCCAAUGAACUGAAGGAGGUGGACAACUAUGUUGAACAUAUCCGAGGUCUGUUGCAACAACGGGAGUGUCUCACAGCGGGGUAUGAAAGGGAGAAUGAAGAGCUGCGACAUGAGCUGCACAUCGUGAGACAACAACAAGAACUUCAGAGUAAGGAGCUGGCGGAGUUGCUGGCCCAGGAGGACCUCAGCGACAUGGGUCUGAGCAGCCCCAGCGAGCAGGUGGCUUACUUACUGGUUGAAAGGGCGACGCUGCUGGAGCGGCUGGACACCGCAGAGCGGAGUCCGAAUGGCAACACAAGUCAUGUCCAGCAGGCUUCGUCCCAGCCUCCGUGGAAGAAACUGUUUGGGCUGCGCAGGUUCGGUCCGAGCAAACACAAUAUCACUCCUGCUCACAGUGAGGAGAUCUCCAAUGAGUGUCUGGCGCGUCAGCGUCUGGAGCGUGACCUGGAGGAGGCGUCCAGCAGGCUGGCCAUGGCCCAUCAGGAUAUACGAAGACUCACCAAUGAGCUAGAUGUCGCCAAAAGUAACAACGUGCACCAGAGUGGAUUGGAGCUCCAAGAAAGAGCCGACGAAGUCGAAUUCCUGAGAAAGGAAGUGGAGAAACUGAAGCAUAACGAUAUGGUGAAGCUCCAAAAAGCAAGAGAGGAGGGUGAACGGCUGGACGCAGAGAACAGGAGUCUGAGGGAGAAAGUUCUCAUGUUAGAGGCUGAAAACAACAAUCUGCUGGUUCAGUUGGAGCGAAAUGAUGCAGUCACAGAGAGUGGACUGGACGAUUCUGAGACUCAACAACCGCAGGCCAAAGAAAAGGAUGUAAACCACAAACGGUGUCAGGCGGCCAUGGAGGAUCGGCUGGUGCAGGUGAGAGAGCUGGAGCGACAGAUCCAGAGGCUGCGCAAGGAGAUGGAGGAGUUAGGGGAGAGGAACGAGGAGCUGGAGGCCUUGUUGGGCGAGGCCCAGAACGCCAGCAAGGAGGAGCGACAUCGACACGAGGGGGAGCUGGAGGGUCUGCGCCGAAAGAUCAAGAACCUGGAAGCGGAGCUGAAGAAGCAGGACGCCAGCGAGAAAGUCUUGAGGAACGGAGAGGAGAGCAAAACCACAGAGUCCUACUUUCAGAUGCACCUGAGCAGCAGCAGCAGCAGCCAGGAGAGACUCGCUCUGCUGGAAGCUCGACUGACAGAGGAGAAGGAGUGGAGGAAGCAGCUGGAGCUGGAUCUGGGUGCGGCCCAGGCGGCACUGAAGAAAGACAAAGAGGCUCUGCAGAUCGGAGAGAGGGAACUGAAGAAGCUGCGGCUGGAAAUCAACAGUCUUCAGACCGAAUGCCAGCAGGGGAAAACUCUCAUCAAGAGUCUCAGCCAGGUGAAAGGAGAAAAGGGAGUUCUGGAGGAAAAGGUGGCCCAGAUGGAGCGAGCCCAUCUGCGUCUCCAGAGUGAGCUGGACCGCUGCAGGGAUGGUAAACAGAUCCCGCAGCAGAACACUUUCCAGGUGGAGCAGCUGCAGCAGACCAACCAGCGUCUCAAAGAGGAACUCAGCAGCCUUCAGUCUGCACACCACACCCUGAGGGAGGAGAUGGCUGCAGAGAGGCAGGGUGUUGCAAAGCUGCAUGUGGAGCUGAGCGACAGCGCCCAGAAGAAGCUGGUGGCCGAGGGGGAGCGGGAGCUGCUGCAGCUUGAGGUCCAGCGUCUCUCAGAGGAGCUCCAGAGACUUCAUCAGCUUCCUGCAACUUCUGAGACUGACGUGCCACUGUCCGGUUCUGAGCAGCAACUGGCACUCCAGGCUCUGGUCAGUGAAGCUCAAACCCACAUCAAGUCUCAGGACCUGGUUCUGAGUCAGAAGACGGAAGAGGCCAAGCAGAUGAAGCAGGACCUGCAGAGGGCGCAGAAUCUCUUCACCUCAGCUGAGCGAGAGCUGCGCUACGAGAAGGAGAAGAACACGGACCUGAAGCGACACAACACCCUGCUGGAACAGGAGAAACUCAAGCUGUCCGCCGAGCUGCACCAAGCCCAGACCAAAUUAGUUCAGCUGGAGCAGAGCGUCCAAGCUUGUACAGCAGACUGUGAACGGCAUCAGCUCAGGGUCCGGGAACUGGAGUUGGAGCUGGCGCGCAGCUCUGCCAACCGCAGCACCGCCAGCAGUCUGCAGGAGGAACUGCAGGCGGAGAGAGCUCGGGUCAUCGCCACUGACAAGAAGGUUGUGGAGCUGCAGCAGCAGCUGAAGAACACCCAGCACCAGCUGCGGAUGGAGGAAGCUCGGGCUGACGAGAACAGUCGACUGGAGAGAGACAGCAGGGAUCUGUCUGACGCUUUGUCAGCUCUGAGAGCUCACCAGCAGGAGGACCACAUCACCAGGAAGCUCCUGGAGCAGCGUGAGGAGGAGCUCCAGCAGCAGGUCCGCUCCCUGAGGCUGAAGGAGGCAACUUUGACCCGCACGAAUGCAGAGCUCGUCCAGCGAGUCAAACAGCUGGACACCCGUCUGUCGCUCCUGGAGGCGGAACUCCACAAAUCCAGAGAGGAGGCAAGAGAAGGUCAGACGUCUUGCCAAAGAGUGAAGGAGGAGCUGGCAGCCAGUCAGCAGGAGUGCGAGCGAGCGCAGGAGGAGCUGCAGCAAGUUCUCCUUCAGCUGGACACGCACGUCAGGAAGUACAACGAAAAGCAGAGUCAGCACAAAACCAAGAUGCGCCAGGCCAAACAGGUCUUCACCAGAGCCACCACCCAACGGGACGCAACCAUCCAGAAGCUGGAGAACGAGCUGUCGCUGGCGAACAGCCUCACGCUGAAGGAGAAGGAGCGGGUGUUCAAGGUGCUGGAGGAAAACGAGAAGCUUCUGGAGGAGAAGAGGGAGCUGCUCCUCCAAAUUAGCGAGGCCGAGGAAAUGGGCAGCAACGGCAUGAGGGCCGCGUCCGCGCUCCAACACAGAUUCAACGUCUUGGAAGUGGAAAACCGGCAGCUGCAGGACCGAACAGUGAAGCUGUCCAACCAAGUCAGUUCCCUAGAGCGAGCCCUGAGGAAUGCCCAGUCUCUCUACAGCUUGGAGAACGUAAAAAGAGGCCUCUCCACUGAUGCCUUCUGUGACGGCGCGCUGCAGUCUACCGCUUUCAGCACCAAGUCCAGCUCUUACGAAACGCUGGACAUCCUGGACGCUAUCUGCCGUGCCAAAGUGGACCGGACGCCUGACGGAUCGCGGGUCUCAGCAGAACAAGGCUACCUGAACCUGGCCUCGCCGCUAGUUCCUCCUGAUGUGAAAGAUGUGAGAGAUGCUCCUGAUGACAGUGCCAAGCGGUGAGGGAGGGGGGGAAAAAAUCCAUCAGAGCUGACGCACAAUCUUUCAGAACAACAGGCCACUUUACGGUAUGUUUAGGGUCCACUCAGGAUUCAAGAAUCAAGUGUUAAUAUUUGGUCAUUUGAACCGCUGGUACUUGAUAAUAGCUCUUGACAAAGCACUUUAUGGAGAGCAUGUUUACAAUUUGUUUUUUUAAUCUAAACAGUGUUUUCUAUGAAAAGAGGAAGCCAGUUGUAGAAUUUGUUGGAGAGAAUUCUGGGUCUGACUAUUAAUUUCUGUAGUAUUUAAGAAGCCAAACGCCUUCUUUAUUACUCCAGACCUGCACGAUCACCACAUCUUUCAUCUUCUUCUAGACAUUUCAAACAUCUCAAUAAGUGCUUUUUUAAAUGCUGUAUUGGUGAACACUUUCCAGAUCACCUGUUAUUUUAUACUUCAAAUCUUGUUUUAUCAUGGACCACUUUGCUCUCUGCUCUCAUGUGCCUGAAAUGUUGCAGUGUUUCACUUCAAAAUCAUGUAAAUACACGUUUGUUUUUCUAAAUAAACUUGUU